CGAUAAACCACAAUUCCAAAACCACUCUAGUUGUUUUCUUUGGUUUUGGUUUCUCUCUCACCAAAUCUCUCCCCCAUGGAGUUUGGUUCCAAAUAUAGAGAUGAUCUCAUUUUUCAGUCGUCAAUUCUGCCUGAAAAUUACAUGAAACCGGGAUUCAGAAAUGAGUAUCCUUUAGAUUCUUGCUCAUCUAAAGGAUAUCCCCAAGAUUUCCCCCAAAUGGAUCAGUUUCAUGUUGAUUGCUUAUCAUCAAAUUCGGAAUUUGGGGUCGGUCCUCCCUAUUUCAAUCACUUCAAAACUUUACUGAAUGGUUCUUCUUCGAAUUUCAAUAUCUUCGAUUUGAUACCCCUUAUAGAAGAUGGUACCAUUGAGAAUUUUCAGGAUAGGGCCUCCAUGAAUUUUCCUCCUGGAAUCAUGCCUGAGGUCAUGACUGCCCAAGAUAGGAGCCCCUCAUUGAAUUUUCAACAACCACAGUUGCCUAACUUGGCAUUUUUACCUGAGCAGAUGGCAUGCACUACUAAAGAAAAUAAGCUUUGUAAGAAGAUGGGCAUGAUUAGAACAAAAGUUCCAAUUAGGAAGACAAGAAAAGCUCAAUGGAAGGACAAUUUGGUCAAGGGGCAAUGGAGUACUGAAGAAGAUAGACUUUUAAUGGACUUGGUGGAGGUGCAUGGGUCAAAAAAUUGGUGUCAAAUUGCUCAAUCAUUGAAAGGAAGAAAAGGAAAACAGUGCAGGGAAAGAUGGCACAAUCAUCUGAGGCCGGGCAUCAAGAAAGAUGCAUGGACCGAGGAAGAGGAAAUGAUUAUAAUCAAGGCUCAUUCAGAAUUUGGAAAUAAAUGGGCAGAAAUCGCCAAGAAGCUUAAUGGGAGAACAGCAAACUCGAUAAAGAAUCAUUGGAAUACAGCCAAAAAAAGACAUUUUUCAAGUCGAAAAUUUCGAAGCUCAAAUCAUGAAAAACCAAGUUCACUUCUCCAAAGUCACAUGAAAAACUUGAUUGAACCUGCAAACAAUGCAACUAGUGAAAGUAACAAGAUGACAGUGCCAUUGGUUAUGGAUUCAUCGCUGCAGUAUGAGACGAAGAGUGAUAUGGACUUGAUAGAAAUGAUGUCUCAAUACAAAUUCUAAAUGAAGCUUCAUUUCCAUGCAGACCCAGAUAUGUUUCUAUGUCUUUUAAACCUGUUAAGGGUUUUUUUAGUGAUUUUAGAAUAGAAUUUUUAUUUUCUUUUUUCGAAGUGGAGAAGGAUAGAACUGAAACUUCUGUCUUUGUUAGUAAUGUUAUGACAUUUGUCGUUUGAUUCGCUGUGGAAAUUUUGUCGUAAUCGUUUUCUUUA